AUGAAGCUUCGGCAGCAACUUGCGCUUACACACCAUUGCGGCGAGGUCCACCUCCGCCGCAACACGCUCCAUGGAGACGCGCUCGUCACCCAGGACAACGCACACGAACCGCUGCGACCAGGCGCCGUAGCAGGCGACAAGCCACUCCCACCUGGUGUCCUCGCAAAUACCGACCAUUGCACCCUGCGACAGGCCCAGCGCCCGCAGCCCGCAGCCGAGCGCUACAAUGCGCUCCCAAAGCUGCGCAUACGUGCGGUACCUCGUGCGCUCCAUGGUGAUGCAUACCCGCUGCUGCUGGCGCUGAUAAUGAUCAGUUGCUGUCACCGCGUCGCCGCCACGGCUGCUAUUCCGCUCCUCUUUAAGUGGUGUGACGCACACGGAGCCAACGGGGCGCCACGCGACCGCCCGCUCGCCACGCCGUUGGACGCACAUACUGCGCAUGUCCUGCACCAGCGAUGA